CUUUUCCCUUAUUUUCGAACCUUAAAAAAGUCAAAGUGGGAAGUCCUCCCAAUCCUCGUGUUAGGUUUGCUGCUGAACUGUAAAAACGCGAGCUCAGUUAGAAAAACGGUUAAUGCGGUUACGAUUCCUCCUUGUCGCCUAGGGAAGAAAUCCUCUCUCUUUCCCGCGUGAACUACUUAAGAAACACACCCCCCACCACCACCGAAAUCGUCUCCCCGCCGUCCUUUCUUCUCUUUUAACCUCGCUUUUCUCAUCCCCCCCUUCUUAUCCCCAUCAAGCUGGCAAACCCCUUGUUGUCCCCCCCCCCCCCCCUCCUUUCUGCUCCAAUUCACAUCCCCCCUCUCUCCAACUUCGAAAUCCCCCAUGACCCGGUUCGGCGCGGUGACUCGGGUCUGCCUCGAUUUGGUUUCAUCGGCUGGAGCUUCGUCUUCCGGAUCUCCGAUGUUUUUGGUAUCUUGAGAUCAUUAAUCCCAUGGAUACAGAGGCUGAGAGGGAUAGUAGUAAGCACCUGAAGGUUCAUUUCGACGUCACCUGCAAUGAGACACACACACUACCGAGCAAGGAAGCCUCGCCUUCUUCUUCUUCUUCUUCUUCCUCUUCUUCAUCUGAGUCCGACUCUUUGUCAGAAUCAACCCUUACUGAUCGAGAUGAGAGUGAUUCCUUGACGAAAUCGAACCAUUCUUCGCAAGAGCUUGAAGGACUCGUCCCAUCAGAGAGUUAUGCUCAAGCUCCGAUCUCGAGCACACAUACCGAGAUCACCUCUCCGCUUCCCUUGAGUUACAUGGCAGGACGACCCGCUGGCUAUGACCCGAAUAGGAUUCCAUCGACCAUCUUUAAUAGCAAGCCGACGAACCCGACGGAUUGGAGCGUCGCUUCUAACGAAUCCUUGUUUAGCAUUCACAUGGGAAACAACAGCUUCUCUAGGGAUCAGGCUUUUUUGCUGUAUAAAUCGGGUGAAUUAACCAAGCUCGAUGAGGUGUUCAGCGUCCCGGCCGCCCUGCCCCCUGUGGCAGAGGCCGUGGGUCCUCAGCAGGAAAGCGCAAGAUCAUCAUCCGCAACCCAGAUUGCUGAUUUAGUGAAGCCAUCACCCCAAAUAACUGAAUUACUCCCGGAUGAAGGGUCUCCGAAAACCAGCAAUAUAGAUAUCAAGAAAGGUGAAGAUGAUAAUGCUAAGGAAAAGAUGCAACCUACAGAGGACGUCCGAAAUUCCACGAGUAUGUCUACACUAUCUGAUGGGAGCGGCACGAGCACCGCCUCUUUUGCAUUCCCAAUACUGGGAGGGACAUCAGAAGGAAAUAAGUCCUCGAUCAAGGUGGAAUCGAAGAAAGAACACUCGCCAGAGUCAUUGCCAGAGCAGCCUGAACCAAGGCGAGCAACAACAGCAAGGACUACUUUGACCAACUGGUUCUCUUGCUUCUCUUGCUGUUCGUUCCGUUGUUCAAUCUCUCUGAAGUCGAAGUGAGAUUGCAGACACGUCACACAGUCGUCUCUUGGUGCCUGUCCGUUUCAUCAAUCCAACCGAGAGUUUAAGCGUCUCUCUUCCCUUUAGAUACAAUAACAGGCCUGCAUUAUACGCAUGCUACUAUCAAGCAUUGCGGAUCUAGCAAACGAUAUCUUAGCACGUGCAUCGGGCUUAGCUUCGGCUGGCUUGCACAAGAGAGAUGGUAAUUAGGAGUAGCGAUUACGAAUGUUGUGGAGUUUCAGAGAAGAUGAUUAUAUAUGUAAAAGGAGAUAAUUCUCGCACC